UCCACAAGUCAAACACUCAGAGGUGGGGGGGAUGGCUUGGCCGUGCAUCAGCAGAGUGUGCUGCCUGGCUCGCUUCUGGAACCAGUUCGACAAAUCGGACCUCUCCGUGCCGCUCACCAUCCAGAACUACUCGGACAUCGCGGAGCAGGAGGUGCGGUCCGUCACCAAACAGGUCUCCGCCUCGGAGCGCGCGCACGGGAAUAACUAUUCGACCCCGGACCCGCGUGCCGCCGGCGAUCCUCAUGCGCCCAAAGAUGGCACGGCAGGGACCCGAGGGUCUUUCAGGGCGCGCAAAGAGCCCAGCUACAAGCCCCGGGAGGACUACCACCCGCCCGGAGUACCUUUCCCCAGUGUCACCCAGUACAAGCAGGAUUUCAAACCCUGGCCCAUUCCCAGGAAGGAGAAUUUCCCGUGGAUUAGUAACGGGGGCAGCAGGGCAGACGGUGUUUCGGACAGCCCGGUGAACAGUUACCACAGCCAGGCACCGCCGGGGGACAGAGAGGAGCGGGGCAGGGGGCAGAGGUGGGGAGAGCAGCAGGUGAUGGAGGGGAGCAAAACCAGCUCCUACAGGCAAGAGUACAGGCCGUGGACAGGGGCGAAACCAGCCAAAAGUGCGAGGAAAAAUCCUCCAGCUCAAUACUCCAGCCCUGGGACAGAGGCCACCCAUGUCCCACGAGAGACCAGCUACCAGGCUGCCUACAGUGCGGAGGGCUACAGGUCCUUAGGGCUGCAUCAGGGGGAGCACAAUAUCCCAUCUGCUGCCUCCAACAUACAACCUGCUACUGUCCCCCAGCCCGUCCCCACGGUCCUGCAAGCUGGCAGCUCACCCGUCCCCUCUAGCCUCCAGCAGAGCGUCCCGCCUGAGAGGACCGAGCUCAGUACAUCCAAGGGAGAGGAACAUCUGGUGAGGACCAAGCUCCCUCCGAACCCUUCUGCUGUCUUUCAAAGCGGAUCAAGGGUCUUCAACAUCUGACAGCUGCUCCGAAUUUUCAACCAUUCCACUUUGAUCAGUUUCAGAUUUAAGGAAUCAACAGGGGAAUGAUUUGAGUCCAUUCCACAACACAAGAAUCUAUGCAAGGGAAUGUGCACCGUUGUGAAGCCUGUGGAGCUGCAGCGUCAGUAUCCAAAGUGGAGAAGGAUAGAUAGACGCCCUUCCUUUUACACUCCUUCCUACCCCCGUUGCUAUGGAAAUGAACAUGCAUGUAUCUAAAUAGUUUUAAACCAAGCUUUUUUUUUUGCAAUUAUAGAUGCACAAGAACCUGGCUGCUCUGUGGGUGUUUGUGUGUGUGAGUUUGCGUGUGUGCACCUGCUGAUUUGUCCUUCUGUUGUACAUAACGUCGAGUCUGCUCCGAUAACGAAUGA